AUGGGAAAUCAUCAAACCUGCCCAAAACGUCAACAUCGUCCUAGUGAAUGUGUUGGUUUCAAUAAACAUGACACCGACAAUGAACGUUUAGUAACCAUUCUUCAACGAGAAAGACGCAUUUCAACAAAAAGUGCACCACCACUUGAUGAAUUCAAUACAGCAGCGUUCACAAUUGAUUCAUCAUUGAUUACUUUCUCAAUACCGAUUUUACCUUUUGAUGCAUAUGCAAGUGUUACAGGCACUUUUACGGAUUGGAUUGAACAUAAAAUGGCGAAGUUAAAUGGUGAAUUUAGCAUACGUAUUCGAAUCGAACAUGGUUGCCAUUAUUAUAGAAUUUUAGUUAAUGGACGAUCGCGUUUUAUCCCAAACGAAACAAUUGAAUGCCAUGCAAAAUUUGGUCGUGUACAUUUUCUUUAUGUGACCGCGAAUGAUCAAAAAGUAAAUAAUUAUUUAGAACGAACUUUUUUUUCUCAUCGUAAAUCCAAUGUAUGGACGCAAGAAGUAAACAAUCAAUUUAUAAAAAGUGAUCAACCACCACCCCCUCGUAUUCCACCUCAUCUACUUAAUAUUCUUCUCAAUCAAAAAUUGCCUGCUAAUUGUGAUCCUGAUGUUCUUCCGGAACCCAAUACUGUCAUGCUUCGACAUUUAUAUGCUUUAUCAAUUCAAAACGGCAUUAUGAUAUUAAGUACAACAAUUCGAUAUAAACAAAAAUUUGUUACAACCUGUUUCUAUAAACCAAACUAA